AUGCAUUACUUUCGAAUACUCUUUGUCUCGCUGCUGGGUGCGGCAACUGCCCAGCAGCUCCCCGAAUACAAGUACGACUACGACUUUCGUCCCUUUGAAGGUAUCACGCCGACAUGCAAAGCAGCCUUGAACAAGGUUCUCGACUGCGAUACAUUACUUGCUCGAUAUGUACCUGAAAACAUCAUACCUUCGGUCGAGCAAGCGACCAAGAUCUGCACUGCCAAAUGCCACGGCUCCCUCAUCCAGUUUAAAAAGGACAUACAAAAGGCCUGUCCAGUAGAGAGCAACAUCGUCCACUGGCCCGACGGCAGCAACUUUACGGGCACGGAUAACAUCAACGAGUUCAUUGACAUGUACAACAAGCUCUGCUUGAUUGACCCAGAGUGGGAAGAUUCGAAAGAGGCUGGGAAGUUCGAGUACCAGAGAUGCUCCGAUUGCAUCUUGGGCUUGUAUCAAAUACAAGAGGAGUCGAAAGCCGAAUCUGGCGAGAACUUUGCGUCAGUAGUUGCUGAUUACAUCGCCACUUGCGAGACAACGAACGUUGAACCACACAUCCUGAAGGGCACACCGAUUGCUGCGAGCACUUCUCCCUCAACUGGCAGUUCAGGGGCAGAAACGACUCCAGCUGCGACAGACACCUCGACUGAAGUGGCUUCGACUCCUUCCCCUGAGAUCCCAGUCCUCACCCCAAUGCCAUCCGGUGCGUCGACCUUUGCCAUCAACCUCUUCUCGUUCAUCAUGCCUGUCCUGGUGCUGACAAGCCAAUGGAGAUGGACCCAGAGCGCUGCAACGUCGAGUGUGGCCCAGUCCACAACCACCAGCUCAGCAGGCGUGGCUACCCUCAUGACCAUACGAUUCAAGGACAAGAACCAGCUGCAGAAGGUGCUAUAG